AUGCACCCUUUUUGGAUCGUGGCGAGACGAUGGGAGCACCAGGCCAUGGCCGAACUUGGUUUUAGUAAUUGGAGGACUUGCUUCGCCGUGGUCGUGUACAGACUCUGCUUCCAUCCCUACUCUAAAGUUCCUGGCCCUUUCUGGGCCAAGGUCACCAACGUCUAUUCUGCGUAUCAUUCAUGGACUGGCGACAUGCACACAGAUGUCCAGAAAUGCCAUCAUCAAUACGGUGAUGUCAUUCGUUACGGACCAAGUCAACUUCUCACACUGCACCAAGCAGACCUUAUAUCAAUUUACGGUCAUGGCGCGCCGUUCCGCAAGUCAAAGGGUUAUGAGACCAUGAUCCCCUUAGAUGAUGGCUGGAGUACCAUGACCUCCAUCGACAAGAUAUUGCACAAGAACUUGCGCCAAACCUUGCGAUCCGGUCUGGGAAACGAUUAUCUCAAACGCUUCGAGCCCGCCAUUCUCCGCCAUCUUAAGACAUUUUAUGCUGAACUCACCAAGGACAAGAAGCCUGAUGGCUGGAGCAAUGCAGCCAACAUGAGAAAAUGGAACCUCUACCUGGGAUUCGACACAAUGUCAGACUUUGGUUUCGGAAUCUCGACCAAUCUGCUCUUCGAUUCUGCCCGGGACUUUAUUUUCCCGACGCUUCACGUCCAUGAGAAGAAAAUGGGCCUGUACGAGCAGCUCCCGACGCUCAACAACCUGGGCAUCGGCAAAGUCAUCGCCGAGGUGCUCGUCAAGGUUUCGCCGCAAGCCAAGCGGUUUGCGGAAUGGUACGAAUCGUUCCUCAAUAAGGCCGUCGCCGCCAACGCGACCGAGAGCCGUGGCAUAUUUGGCCCUGUCAUCCAGAGCGGUUUGGGUCAGGCCAAGAGCCCAGGGCACAACAAGGCGCAGAUGAUCGCGGAGGGCUCGUUCAGCGUCUUCUCCUCGGCCGACGCCUACAGCAUCACCCUAUCGGGCCUGUUCCACUACCUGAGCCACUACCCGGAGGCGUACGAGAGGCUGGCGGCGGAGCUGCGUGGCAUGUACAAGCCCGGCGAGGAAAUUGUCUGGGACUCGCGCCUCGAGUCCAACGUCUACCUCCGCGCGGUGAUCAACGAGGUGAUGCGUCUCCUGCCCCCGGCCUGCGGUGUGCACUGGAGGGAGUGCGAGAAGUCGGGCGUCUUUGUGGGCCCCAAUCGGGUUCCUGUCACGACUGGAAGUGAUGUCGGGGUCAGCGUCUUUGCGCUGUGCAGGGACGGCAGGAUCUUCCGCGACCCUCUGCGAUUCUGGCCGGAGCGCUGGAUCCCAGGCACCCUGGUAGAGGAGGAGUUCGCGACGGCCCGCAAGAUGUUCGUCCCCUUCUCGAUUGGGCCGCGGAACUGCGCCGGCAGCCACGUCGCCGUCAUGAUUGCCAGUAUCACCUACGCCUACACCCUGGUCAACUACGACUUCCGCUUUGGGCCGGAGCAGCAGCAGAAGGUUGGCGGUGGCGGCCGGGGGGCUGGGUAUCGAAGCCCUGUGGAGGACGGUGAGGACAAGGAGCUCAAGUUUGAGAGCCACUACUCCAUCGCGGGCUGGGACAAUGGCCCAUUCAGUGAGCUCAAGGCUAGGCAGUGA